CUCUGCAAACCCCAAACGAGGAGAGACCCUGCGAAGGAAUCCAGGGGAUCGAGGACUUGUGGCCGAGGCUCUUUCGAAAAGCACUUUGCUUGAAGUGGGGUCGCGGCGGAGUUUCUGCUCCACCUCUCCAUGCAAGCACUAUGCGGAGGGCAGUCAGCUUGCCUGGGCUGUGCCUGCUUCUUCAUCUUCACGCUGCAGGGUGCUUUUCAGGAAAUAAUGAUCACUUUUUGGCAAUUCCUCAGAAGCAGAGUGGCAAGCCACUAUUCAUUUAUCACCGUUCACAAGAUAUUAAGAAGAGCCUGGAUAUCCAUCCACAAAAGAUAAAUAAGCAUAGGUACCAUUUCUCUUCUGAAGCUGACAUAAGCAAACGUCACCAGAUUGCCAACUCAGCAUUUCCCAGAUCUGCCGGUGACCCAUCUCUUAAUCUGUUGGCUAUGACAGGGCAAGAACUUGAAGUGGAAAAUCUUCCAAUCCCAGCAGCAAAUGUGAUUGUGGUGAUUCUACAAAUGGAUGUAAACAAGUUCAACAUAACCUUGCUUCGGAUCUUCCGCCAAGGAGUGGCCGCAGCUUUAGGACUCUUACCCCAGCAAGUGCACAUCAAUCGCCUCAUUGAAAAGAAGAACAGUGUGGAAUUAUUUGUGUCUCCUAUCAACCGAAAAGCAGGAAGGCCUGAAGCCCUGCCAUCUGAAGAAGUGUUGCGUUCACUUAAUAUCAAUGUUUUACAGCAAAGUUUAUCCCAAUUUGGAAUUACAGAUAUCUUUCCCGAGAAAAAUGUUUUACAAGGGCAGCACGAAGCGGACAAAAUCUGGAGCAAAGAAGGAUUCUAUGCUGUUGUCAUUUUUGUCAGCAUCUUUGUUAUUAUAGUAACGUGUUUGAUGAUUCUUUACAGAUUAAAAGAAAGGUUUCAGCUUUCCUUGAGACAAGAUAAAGAGAAAAACCAGGAGAUCCACCUAUCACCCAUUGCAUUACAGCCCGCACAGUCUGAGGCAAAGACAAACCACAGCAUGGUCCAACCCGAGCAGGCCCCCAAGGUACUCAGUGUUGUCGUAGAUCCUCAAGGCCGAUGCACUCCUGAGAUCAAAGCUACCACCUGCACCUCUGUCUGCCCGUCUCCUUUCAAAAUGAAGCCCAUAGGACUUCAGGAGAGACGAGGAUCCAAUGUGUCGCUUACAUUGGACAUGAGUAGCUUGGGGAAUGUGGAACCAUUUGUGGCUGUACCAACACCUCGAGAGAAAGUAGCUAUGGAGUACCUGCAAUCAGCCAGUCGAAUUCUCACAAGGUCACAGCUGAGGGACGUCGUAGCAAGUUCACAUUUACUCCAAAGUGAAUUCAUGGAAAUACCAAUGAACUUUGUGGAUCCCAAAGAAAUUGACAUUCCACGUCAUGGAACUAAAAACCGUUAUAAGACCAUUUUGCCAAAUCCCCUCAGCAGAGUGUGUUUGAGACCAAAAAACAUAACUGACUCACUGAGCACCUACAUUAAUGCAAAUUAUAUUAGGGGCUAUAGUGGCAAGGAGAAAGCAUUCAUUGCCACUCAGGGUCCUAUGAUCAACACCGUGAAUGACUUCUGGCAGAUGGUUUGGCAGGAAGACAGCCCUGUGAUUGUUAUGAUCACAAAACUCAAAGAAAAAAAUGAGAAAUGUGUACUCUACUGGCCAGAAAAGAGGGGUAUCUAUGGGAAGGUAGAGGUGCUGGUUAUCAGUGUUAAUGAAUGUGAUAACUACACAGUGAGAAACCUCAUCUUAAAGCAAGGAAGUCACACCCAGCAUGUGAAGCAUUACUGGUACACCUCAUGGCCAGAUCACAAGACUCCAGACAGCGCCCAGCCCCUCCUACAGCUAAUGCUGGAUGUGGAGGAAGACAGACUGGCUUCUGGGGGCCGAGGGCCUGUCGUGGUCCACUGCAGCGCAGGGAUCGGUAGAACUGGGUGUUUUAUUGCUACAUCCAUUGGUUGUCAGCAGUUGAAAGAAGAAGGAGUGGUUGAUACAUUAAGCAUUGUCUGCCAGCUCCGUGUGGACAGGGGUGGAAUGGUCCAAACCAGUGAGCAGUAUGAAUUUGUGCACCAUGCUCUGUGCCUGUAUGAGAGCAGACUUUCAGAAGAAACUGUGCAGUGAUAUACUGAAGAUAACUAGACCAUCAGUCUAUUGGGUGAUGAAUCAAAGCACCCCCACUUGAAGCUUCAAGAAGAAGCUUCCUGGGAAUGAGGGAUGGAGGAGCUCUGAAACCAACCUGUGGCAUGGAUUGUGGGAGGCCUGGCAACCUACUCAGGAUUGCCAAUCUCUUGUGUAUAUUAGUGCAUUUGUAAGCAUCCCCAUGUUAUUUUGAAGGUCCUAUGCUGAUGGAGGUGUACUAGAUUUCUCACAAAGCCUAAAGUGGCUUUUGUUUUGUCUGUAUUGGGUACCAACCACAUAGAAUGUAUGUAUGUAUGUAUUAUAAAGUGGUCUCUGUCAUCAAGUGAUGAUUGGAGGCACUGCUGAAGACAUCAUUAUUGUGUGUUUAGAUGCUCUAGUGUCUGUAGUCUGUCUCGCGAAUGGACUGUUCCCAUUUUAAGUGCUAUUAUGUAUCUCAGUUACCAGAAUCUUGCUGCUGAUGUUGAUUGAUAUCAAUCAAGUGAUUGAUAAUGAAUUUUUAACAAAUAAGUUUUUCUUUAAAAAAAAAGCAAUCUAACACAGUAACUAUUUUAUAUGGAAAUGUGUCUUGAUAACAUUAUCUACUAAAUGUGUAUUUAUAGUACCUCCUAUCAAUUACAGAGCACAAUGAUUGUCACUGGAUAUAUAUGUACGUAUUCUCUAUUGUUAGGCAUAGAGGUGGCUCCCCAGACCCACCCUCUAUCCACUAUAUUUCUACAUUGUAAAUUGUUUUACUCUAAAGGGGGAGUGGGGAAUUUGUAGCAACUAUGAAGUAUCAAGAAUUUCAAAUACUUGUCUCUCUUUUACUAAGAAGGGACCUUUGUAUAUGCUGUCUACUUGGAAUCCCUCUCCCAAAGAGGCAGGACUUUGCUGUGACGUGUCUCAUGUCCAGAGUUCUUCAGAUUGUUCUGAGAGGUUUUCAUCUGCACGAGACAAAGUUAAAAUAACUACACUCAGAAAACACAACGUUCUGCUCAAAUAUGAAUUUUUAAUGCAGCAAUGCUAACUUUGUUUCAUACUGCCAAUAAACUACCCUUAAUACUAA